GGAGCCAUCAAACGAGCAAACUUGAAAGCAACGUCGAGAGCUCACAAUUCUCUCCAAUCUCAACUUGGAAGCAACAAACAAAAGCACAGCACUUCUUCGCUACUACAACACAUCAAGAUGCCUCUCUCCAACACUGCCAUUGUUCUCCCCGCCGACUUCGUUCCCACUGAACACACCAUCAUCAUUGGCCGUGGCCGUGUCAUCAAGCAGCACAGUGCCAACAAGAAGUUUGACAAAAUGGUGGAAUCGUGUGCCAAGGAAUACGCCGCUGCCCCUUGCAAAGCUGAAAAGGGACUCCUUUUGACUCGAAUGAUCAAUGAGAUCCACGACGCUGCUCCCAUGGCUGGAUUUGUCCGAAAGGAUCCCACCACCAACCAGUGGACACUUGUCGAAGAAGCACUCGCCCGUCAAACAGCAGCCCAAGCGAUGCGCAAUGUACUCAGCCACUCUUACAGAUCUUCUAAGCAAUUCAAGUCCAAGAGACGUCUUCAGCAAAUCGCCGCUGCCAAGCAACAACAAGUUCAGGCACCCACACCCGUUUUCACCAUGAGCCUCCCUCUCCGCUGUGUCUCUCCAUCUGAGAGCAGCGUCUCCAGUCAAGAAUCUUCCAGUCGCAGUACUUGCCGCCGAAGUGAUACAGUCGCACUCAGUAAGGACACCGUUUUCAUUCUCAUGUCCGCCUUUGGAAACAAUGUUUCUGAAAACCCCUUUGAGCCACGUCCAUUGGCAACAACACAAGUCGAUGUCUUUGAACCCAUUCCAUUGGCCUUGUAAGCGCAAUUGCACAUGCUUCCAGCCUCCUCUCCUCUCCUUAAUCCGACUGUCAAUACUGCUUCUACCCUUCCGACUCAAACCGACUGUACACUACUCUGAACACUUUCUAUGUAAAUAAGCUGCAAACUGCAAAUAGUAUCAUGGUUAUGCCAUC